AAAAGAUGAAGUGGCAGUCAUGCUUCAUAAUAAGUGGAACAUCCUACCAGGCAGUGGAGUGUAUACAUUGAUUACCGGUCGAAGAGACUAGUUUCUAUUUUGUUGGCACGCUUAUCCCUUCUUUUGCAGGAGGAAAUAUUGCCUUGCCACACACUUCAAGAGGACAGGUCUGCAUAUUGGUGAUUUCAAGAAAGGACUAGUGUAACCUUCCAAUGGGAGACGGUGGCUGUCUUGCAGCGGGUGUGGCAAAAGCUAACCAACAUCGACUAUCACCCUAAUGCAGGGGCUAUUGGCACUGGAGACUCACUGCGUAAGGUGUGAACUUGUAUUAACUACUUUGCAGUCUCAUCCGGAUGGACUCUACAAGAUCUUCGGAACUGACAUAUCUACUGUGCUGGGGGUCAUUCGAAUUAAUCUCGCCCCUUAAGGACGGGUGUGGCGGCUAUGCAGGGAACAAUCUUACUCGAGGUUUCAUGGGAGCUCGCAUUAGAGCCGUGAUCUUGCCACCUAUGAGAUGGUUGGGCAGCGGAUGGAUUCAUAUCCUUGUUGCAAGGGUCCUGAUAAUUAUGAAGCCCUGAGGGCCUGAAUGACGAUGACCUAUAGCAUGUCUUGGUAAGAUGCCUAGAAGAUUUUUGAAGGUUUAGCAGU